AUGGGCUGCUGCCCCGGCCGCUGCGCGCUCAUCUUCGUCUGCACUUUCCAGCUGGUCACUGCCUUGGAGCAGCAGGUAUUCGACUUUCUGGGCUGUCAGUGGGCACCCAUUCUGGCCACCUUUGUCCACAUCGUCAUGGUCAUCCUGGAGCUCUUGGGCACCAUCCAGUACUGGCCUCGCUACAUUGUGGUGUACGCGGUGUGGGCGGCCAUCUGGGUCACCUGGAACGUCUUCAUUAUCUGCUUCUACCUGGAAGUGGGGGGACUCUCAAAGGACAGCGAGCUCCUGACCUUCAGCCUCUCCUGGCACUGGUCCUGGUGGCGUGAGCACGGCCUGGGCUGCCUGUGUGAGGAGCCAGAAGCUGGCCUGGGGCCGCCGGAUGGACCGGCCUUGGGGCCAGGCGUUGGCUGUGUCCUGGAGCAUGGCUACGCCGAAGCCCUGCACAGUGCCCUGCAGAUCCAGUUGGCGCUCGUGGGCUUCAUCUAUGGCUGCUACAUGGUCAGCGUUUUCACCGAGGAGGAGGACAGCUGCCUGCAUAAGUAAAGAAGCACCAAUCUCUCCCGUGUGCGACCUCCAGGCCCAGGGACCACCGAAGACUGUGGGGAGACUCACCUGGCCUCCCUACUCCCA